UCCUACUCCCAGCUCCUCUCUGUGAGCUCGAGCCACUCUUCCCUUUUGAGCAUUCACUAGUUCUCCUCCCGAAACCUGCGCGAGGCGGCCACUGAAGCGCGAGGCUACGUCCCCCCCUCUCCCCUUGACUCCAGUCAACAUGGCUACAGUUGUAACCUCGACCAGAUUCACAGACGAAUAUCAGCUGUACGAGGAACUCGGAAAGGGUGCCUUCUCCAUCGUUCGUCGAUGUAUCAAGAAGUCCACCGGCCAGGAGUAUGCCGCGAAAAUUAUCAACACAAAAAAGCUCUCGGCCAGAGAUCACCAGAAAUUGGAGCGGGAGGCGAGGAUCUGUCGCCUGCUGAAACAUCCAAACAUAGUACGACUGCAUGACAGCAUCGCAGAGGAAGGCUUCCAUUACCUUGUCUUUGACCUAGUCACUGGAGGCGAGCUGUUUGAGGACAUUGUCGCCAGAGAGUACUACAGUGAAGCAGAUGCCAGCCACUGCAUUAAUCAGAUCCUGGAGAGCGUCAGCCACAUCCACCAGCACGAUAUUGUCCACAGGGACCUCAAGCCAGAAAAUUUGCUCCUGGCCAGUAAGAUGAAGGGAGCGGCGGUGAAGCUUGCAGAUUUUGGCCUCGCUAUUGAGGUUCAAGGGGAGCAGCAGGCGUGGUUUGGUUUUGCAGGAACUCCGGGGUAUCUGUCCCCAGAGGUGUUGAGAAAGGACCCAUAUGGCAAGCCAGUGGACAUAUGGGCAUGUGGUGUGAUCCUGUAUAUCUUGCUGGUGGGCUACCCUCCAUUCUGGGAUGAGGACCAACACAAACUCUACCAACAAAUUAAGGCCGGUGCUUAUGAUUUUCCGUCUCCUGAGUGGGACACAGUGACCCCUGAGGCCAAGAAUUUGAUCAAUCAGAUGUUAACGAUUAACCCCGCCAAAAGAAUCACUGCCGACCAGGCCCUCAAGCAUCCCUGGGUCUGCCAACGAUCCACUGUGGCCUCCAUGAUGCACCGUCAAGAGACUGUGGAAUGUCUGCGCAAGUUCAAUGCCAGAAGGAAGCUUAAAGGAGCUAUCCUCACUACGAUGCUCGUGUCCAGGAACUUUUCAGUGGGACGGCAGCACACCAGUCCUGCCGCUACCACCAGCACGGCCGCAAUGGCUCAGGAAGCGUGUAAAACCUUACUAAACAAAAAGUCGGACGGUGUGAAGUCGCAGGGAAACAACAGUAAAAACAGUGUAGUAAGCAGCAGCAGCACCAAAGACAGCAGCAUGUCAUCUUCAGCACCAAUGGAAGCCCAGACAACUGUUGUACACAACCCAGCAGACGGCACCAAGGGCUCCACUGAGAGCUGUAAUAACAUAGAAGAGGAGGAGAUGAAAGGUAGGAAAGCGGCCACCAGUGACUCUACCAGUACAGAAAGUGCAGGGUUAACACAGUCCAGCACUAUUGAGGAGCAGGCGCAGACCCCGUCUCCUCAGUGCCCACCACUCACCUCUGCUCCCCUGCAGGAGGCUGUUAGCAGCCCCAGUGUUCCUGUAGCUCAGCCCAGCCCAGCUCAGAGCUCGUGUCCUGCACCAGAGUUCACUCUUUCACCCCCCACAGGCAGCAGCAACCUGCAGCAGACUCGUAAACAGGAGAUAAUAAAGAUGACUGAACAGCUGAUUGAAGCCAUCAACAAUGGCGAUUUUGAGGCUUACACGAGAAUCUGUGAUCCAGGACUAACUUCUUUUGAACCGGAGGCCCUCGGAAACUUGGUCGAGGGAAUGGACUUUCACAAGUUCUACUUUGAGAAUCUUCUGAGUAAAAACAGCAAACCGGUGCACACCACCAUCCUCAACCCCCAUGUCCAUCUGAUCGGCGAGGAUGCCGCCUGCAUCGCCUACAUUCGUCUGACGCAGUACAUCGACGGUCAGGGACGGCCGCGUUCCUGCCAGUCUGAGGAGACUCGUGUGUGGCAUCGCCGUGACGCCAAAUGGCUCAAUGUGCACUUCCACUGCUCAGGGGCACCAGCUGCACCCCUGCAGUGAACUGAGAACUCAGGCCCAGCUUUGCCUGAAGUCUAAAGCUAUUGGGAGCAUUUAUUCUCCGUGGUCGGAGUGGUGUCUGGAUCCUGCCCAGGAAGAGGCUGCUUGGAAAACACAAAUGUGGGAAACAUACCUUACAAUUUAAAAAAAAAAGAAAGAAAAAAAAGCCACAAACCAAAAAACAAUAAAAAUUUUAAAAAAAAGCAUAUCUUAAAAGCUCGACUGAAUGACCGACCACACCGACCAACACCAAUCCAGUCCAACCCUAGCUAGAUGAUGUUGGGGCCCAGCUGAUGUCAGCCCCUUUUUGCAGAUGGUGCAUGCUUCUGGUGGCAACACAGGGGUGAUGCUGUCCCGAUCCUUUUCUCCCAUGGCCUUCAUUUCCCCACUCUUUGUUCGUCUGCCGCGUGGAAAAGUAUUAACAUGUUCAAAAUUAUGUAUAACAAAUGAAAAAUAAGUACACUUCGCACAGAGACCGGGGCAGCGAGGACGUCUGGGGAAAAGUGAUUUCUGUUCAGAGCGUCUGUUUGAAUCCAGUCGUUUUAGAGUUGUAAGGUAUUUGUGGGUGGGGUUUAUGGGAACGGGAGCAACUAAUAUCAGAAUUUAACACCAGAUUUAAGUGUCAGAUUUGAGUGUCUGCACACGAUGUUUUAAGGGGGUUCAGGUGUUACUGAAGGGACCUUUUUUUUUUAUUUUGUCUUUUUGUAAUAUGUAUUCUGAAAAACGUUUUAUCUCCUGAAUGAGGGAUACUGUUUUAAAGUAUUUUGUGUUGGGAAAAAAUCAUUUUUAAUCAAGAGGGGUUUUAUUUAACAGAAUAGUGUAUAAAUGGAUAUUUAUAUAGGACGAAAGGGGGUGGAGGGAGGCAUGGUUUAAUUCUGAGGUGUAGGUAGGGGAGCUGAAGAUGAGUGUGAUGGUGUUUUUGGCUCUUUUUUUUUUUUCGUUUUAUUUGGUCCCGUGUUGUAAAUACAAACAUAUUCACAUGCAACAUGCAUGCACACACACACACAAAGUCCCUGUGCUCCAGCCUUUGAGGUGGAGCCUCUCCUGAGCUUUAGACACGGCAUCCAGGCCAGCUUAUCCUGAAGUUGCAGAAGGCCUCCAUCUGUCUGCCCUGCACUGUGUGCAUUGGAACACUAGGCAGCGCCAUUGGUCAAAGUCUAAAGCUCCUCACCUCUCUAAACUACCUGGUCUGAAAGCAUGGAUGCUCUCAAUCUAACUCUUUAGUUUCUUUUCUUUAGUUUAGUUUUGUUUGUGUCUGUGUGUGUGUGUAUUUGAUGUGAAGCAUGAUUUAUCUUAACUCUGAUGGCCUGUACUGUUUUUGCACAGACACUUAAGACUCGAUGCUGUUUUGGUCGCUCUUCUGAGGGAGUGAACCUUUCUGCAACUUCAGGUUAUGCUUGCCAAAAUCCUUCCCUGUCACCCUACCUCUGCCACUCUACUUUCAUCAUUCCUUCCCUUUUACAAUCUCCACAUUUGUCGUGACCUUUGCUAACCAGCCCUUACUACCAUCUUAGUAGCACCACAACGUGUGAUGAUGAUGUCACCCUUAUGCCUGUCUCUUGUUCUGAUUGUGUUCUUGAAAUAAUUUGUAUAUUGUCAGUCUUGGCUUGCUGUACUUCUGUGUGAAGUCCUGGCAUUAUUUAAAAAAAAAAAAAAAAAGAGAAAAAAAAGCAUGUUUAAAAAGGAAUGCAGCCGAGGGAAUGGACAGGAGGAAAUUUUAAAAAAGGCACGAUGGGAAGAGGGCUACACUGGCUAGAGGGCUCUGGGACCUUCGCUGAUCAACUGCAGUCAGUGAAUUUGGCCCCGUUUAGUUUUGUUUUUUUGUCAGAUUCUGUUGUAAAUGUUGUAGCUGUUAGUGUUUUGAUCUAAUCUUUGAUAUUUUCCAUUUGUUUUAUGCAGAGGUUAAAAAUAUUAAGGGUUUGAAUUGAAUGGAGAUUCAUCCCCUCACACAGAUCACUGCACACACCGAAUGCUGAAAUGUUGGGAUAAAGAUUUCUUCUUGUUAAAUAUUUUUGGAAUUCACAUCAUGAAAGCACAUGAGAUCAAAGAUUCUGCCUUUUAAGAGGACAAAAAAUAACAUAUCUGUGUCUCAGUGGUUAAACUUUGCAGCACUGUGUCGUAGAAACUUUGUGAGUGUGUGACUUUGUACCAGUGGAGGGGUGAGGCUUGCUAUCUGUCCUGUCCCGUGCGGCGCCGCUUAAUAGUAACUCAUGCACCACCCGUCCUGUUGCUGGUGGUCACCUAAGUGCAGAAACCACAUCGAUGCUUCGGACCAUCACAUAUCUGUGCGCUAACACGGUAAACAGACUGUAAAAAAAUUUUAAUCAUAUGUGAGCCCCACCCUACUGUAUUAAGCGCCUGUGCUGUGGACAUAUCUGACAUGCCAUGAAAACUGUGUCUCCUCCCACUUUUUGCACCACAAUGAAGCGUUGUAAAACCAGUACUGAAACUAUGUGAUGUUUUGUAUGGUUCAGUAGUUCCAUUUGUGCUCAGUUGUUUGUUGAUACCACAAAUUGAUGAGAUGCUUUUCUUUCAUUGUGUGUGUCUGUGUGUGUGUGUGUAUGUAUGUGUGUGUGCUCGUUUCCACGCUUAUGAGAAUGUUUAAAUGGAAUGGGGAAAAUACAGUUAGGCUUUAACGACUAUCUUAGAAGGAGGGGAAUUUAUCAGAGUUUGCCAAAGUAUUUGGACAGUUGACAUCAAGCUUUUUUUGGUCAAUUAUGACAAAACCAAGCUAGACUCAAAUAUUUUGAUAUGCUGUAGCCGAGAAAGCUCAGGCAAAACCAAAAAUAUUAAAGGUUGAAUUCCAUUAAGUUUUGACUAUUUUAGGGCCCUUGCACUCACCUCUGGUCUGCUUUUGUUAGGCUGGAAGUGAGACAUCAUUGAUGUUAAUAUGUGAGCUGCACAGGCUUAACAAAUAAGUUUUCAGUUAAACGUUAACAGUGAUUCGUCAACGUUUGUGACCUUACAUUGAGUCUGCUCACAACUUUAGUCACACAGGUGGUGUGCAGAUCCAUCUGUAUCCUGUUGCAACUCCAUAUUUUUUAUUCUUGGACUUUUACUGACUUUAUUAUUCAACUUAAAACAAUUCUGUCCUGUCCCCCUCCUUUAACCUCCUAGGACCUGGCGUCCACAUAUGUGGACAACACAUUUUGGGUUAUUUAGACUAAAAUACUAAAUUUUGCUCUGCAAGGGCCUGAUAUCCACUUACAAGGACAUUAUACUGCUACUGUUCUAUCAAAAUUUCAAACGAAUAUCCUAUAUAUGUGGCUCUUACUUUUCUUAAAAACAAAAAUAAGGUUAAAAAAAAAAUCUGGUAAUUCUUGGUUUUUACAUUCAUUGAGCCCCAAUAUGCCCAAAUAUCAAAGAGAAAUUAAAAAUGCAUGUCGUGGAAGAGUUCGGGUCUUAGGAGGUUAAGGUAGCUUAUUUUUCCUGAUUGGCUGCCCCUCACAAACAGAAGGUUUGAACAGGAAGUGGCUAGAGCUGCUAUGCUCAUCCAGAGUUUUGUGCAUAAAAUAUUAACUUGAACCAGAGCUUAGAGCAUGAGAUUUUGGGUUGUGCAUAUGCUUACCUGGUUACUUUGAAUUGGGUGUGUUUAGUAAAAAAGAGAAAAAACUAUUAUGGAAAUAAUAUACACUUAAAAUUUCAUCUCCACUUUCUUUGAUCAUAAUUAACCUUAAAAAUUAGAUAUUUCUCGUGUUUUGCUUAAUUGCAGGUGGCAACAACAAGCCAAGACAGGGACUGCUAGUAGCAAGUUACGAUGGAUCUAAACAGUGCGUAAGAUGAUUUUAGAAAUAUCCACUUUCACGAAGCAACUUUAAUUAACAUGGUCCAAAUUUUAUAAUUCAUGCAGUUUCAAAGAAUCUUUUUCUCAACGUUAAGUAUAAACUUACCUGCGAGUCGUUCAAUUUUUGAACCCUUACCUAGAAUAAUAAAGACCUGAAGAUCUAGUUUUGGUUUCUCAGUUUUCCAGUUUCUGUCACACCACAUAUAAUCCAUAUUUCUCCUUGGCUGAUGUCAGCUGUUGGAUAAAUCAGCUGCCUGAUCACUUUAGGGCACAGAUUAAAAAGCACCAAAUGCAUAUAAGAGAAUAAUGAUUCCCUAUACUUUAAGUAGCUUUCCUGCAUUUGAAUUCUUUUAAAAGUCCUAUUGUGUUCAGCAGUCAGGUUCUCCAAAUACUUUGGCAAAUGUGUGAAAUGUGUUAAGUGUACCCGAGUGAACCGAGGAGCUGAAAAGAUUUGAGAAAAGCUUAAAACAGAUGUUUAAAGAGAAUAAUUUAAAAACCACAAUCUUUAACAGCAACACUAUAUAUGCAGUUUUACAAAUGGAAGAAAUAUGCAUGUCUACUUUCUGGUAAUUUUUCACUGUUUACUUGAUAAAGAAAUGGAAACCUAUGUUAUUUGCAUCCUCAAGGUUAUGAAAAGGCUGAGAUGUUAAAAUCAAUCGCUUUAAAAUGCUUAAAACAUUAGCAAAAGCCUUAGCUUUUAUGUGCCCCUUGAAAGUGAAUUUAUUGCAUUGUAACCUUACAAUAAAAAAAAGGGGAAACAUAUGUCAGAGUUUCAAUUGGAUGCUGGAUUUUUGCAUGACCAUACAGUUAAUAAACAUACAUUAAAAAAAAAA